UCGCCCUUAACCCUGGUAUUAAGGGAAUGAUGAACGAGUCUUCGUAUAACGGAUCAAGCCAGUUCGUGGUGCCGUCGCGUGUAACGGCAGUAGUUUGGUGUGUUGCGUUCGGUUUUACUGGUACAUUAAUAGUGACUUUAAACGUUGGAACACUCAUAACGUUUGCUAUAAACAAACCCUUGCGACGMCAUGGAGUAUACAGUCUUCUAAACUUGGCUACAGCUGAUAUGCUACUUGGCUUAGUCAUGAUACCCUACUAUACUAUCGAUGUAGCCAGCGCGAUCUUAGCGAAACAAAUAGUUCAUCCACAGAUAUUAACCACAUUACGAGCUUUGUACAUUACUACAGUCGUUGCGUCGCUGUUUUGCUUGGCUCUCGUGUCACUUCAACGCAUGUAUGCGACGUACUGCCCGUUUGGCUAUCGCGCUAAGGAGGCCAAGAUGCUUGCGUCAAUGUUCACCGUCCCUUGGAUGCUAGCCGGUGCCACCUCGUUGGUAUUUUUCCUAUUGGACAGCGUUCAAGACCAAAUUGUGAUUUUUAUCCAGGUUUUAUUUGCAUUGUCACUUGGUAUUAUUCUCAUAUGUUACAUUGCUAUUUUCAUCAAAGUUAAAAUGCGCUGUAGUCGUCAGAGGCACAUCGACAUACGUGACAGGCAUCUGGCAGGUACAGUUUUCAUGGUUACCGCUCUGUCCCUAAUCACAUGGAUCCCCUCAAUUGUGUUCCAUAGUAUCUACAAGACCCAGACCAGAGGUUUUAGCUUUAACUUACAGCUAUCCAUAUACUUGAUUUUGUGCACAAACUCAUUAAUCAAUCCGAUUGUAUAUUUGCUAAGAAUGAAGGAUUUUAGGAAGGCGUUGUUCAGACUUAUGACCAAAUGCUCGGCAGUUGGAAUGUCAAUGUCUCCUGUUCAUUAUAUAAACUCAACCUCAAGAAGAAGUAGUGAAGUCCGUUUGACUAGUGUUUGCUUUAAAGAGACAUAAGUCUAUCAAUAUAGAAGCCUAUUAGCGGCAUAAACUUGAAAGAAAACACUAUACUUCAACUAAUUAAGUAGCAAAAUGGAAACUAAAACUGAGAAAUAUGGCGGGAGUGAUUAAAGUGUGUGUAAGUCAAUACAAAACGGCGCGAUACUGAAUAAUGUUUUUUCUACGUAUAAAGAUAUUGAAUUAGAACCAAGAUAGUAUUAUCUAUAACUUGCAGAAAAUGCAUUAGCGAUUUAAAUGGCUUUAUGGCAGCACUAAAAUGGCUUCAAUAACACUUCAAUAGCUUUUCAGCACUUUAAUGGCUUUUACAGUUUACUUCCUACACAGUUCGCUUUCCUUUGAAUGAACGCGUAGUUUGGUUUCGAUCUCCGAAGAGGAGUUGCGUUGUUUAUCUAAUCAGUUAAUGAAUUCAAUUGAACGCGGAGUCUUGUAAUCUUUAACCAACGCAAAGGAAUUCUAGCACACGGCACUUGAAGUUUGUAAAAAGCAGUGCUUCUGUGUUGAGAUGUCGGAUAAAUUAUCCGAUAAUUAUUCAGGGAAAACCAUGCAUUUUAGAACGGGGUAAAAAAAGCAUGAAGUGCACAUUAAACUAAUACACCUUAGUUCGCUCUAAUUGCAGACGAGUGUUUUCUUUUGUGUCUAUUUGACCUUAAUAGUUAGAUUUUGUCUCACUCUAGGAGAUGUUACUGCGCUUAAAAUAUGAAAUAAUAAUAACAAGAGCAAAGAAUGCAUACACAAACUCCGACGCAAAUAAUUGAAAACAUAAAAAAAAAACAUAAAAAAAACGAUGAAUGAAUUAGCAGAAAAUAUAACAAAAAUCAAUCCUUAAAAGGCAACUAACUACAUAUUAAACCGAACGACCGAAUAAUAAACAAAUAAAUAUAUGGACAAAGAAACAAAGGAAUAAAAUUAACCACUUAAUGUUGAAAAGAAAAAKAAAAUAAUUGGAAGAUGAAACUAUACAAGUGAGCGAGUUACAAUUAAGACGAUAUAUGAGGUAAAAUACUAUCCAAAAAACUGAGCAAUAUCAUCUGAUAAUUCUUUCAAUAGAUUAUUUUUAACCAAAAGUACAGAUAAAGAACAUGUUGAAAACCUCUUACUAGACCAUGAUAACAAUUUUAAGGACCGGCUUAUCUGUCUGAUAGGGUGCGGUCAAGUAGAUGGUUUAUUUUAUUAAAAGCUCGGUACAUCGCAAUGGAUAUGUACAUUAUCAUUGUARAAGGCAUGCACAGGAAACGGCGGCGAUUCACAGAAAAAUUGUAAAGAAUCCACGAAACUAAUUACAGUAGCUCGGUAUCGUGUCAGGGUCAAUAAUUUAAUCCAAUAAACGCUUUCAACUUUCAUAUAUUGUCUACAAGGUAUUAAAAAUGUCUCGCAGGAUUAAUUAUUAUAUGAGAUCUGCAAGCAAACGGUAAUUCAUAUUCAAGUUUCAAUAUAAAAACACUUCCGUUUUGGCAAACACCAAGAAUUUUGUAUUAUUUCAAAAGACGACUAUGAAUCACGGCAAUGAAAUUCCUUAAAAAUGGACUUUAUCCMUYUACUCAUUAAAGAGCUUUCGUUUAUGAAAAUAUAAAUACAUCGUAAUUCAAGCAAAAACGUACUGUCUAUAAUUCAUUUC